AGUCCAUGUCUCAACCAAAGCAUUUUGUGGUGCUGUUUGUGGCGCACUGGAUGAAGCGAGGGGGACUGUCUGAUAUUAAACAAGCAAGAUGUCUAGUACCAAAGAAAAUGAAGCCAAAGCUGGUCUGUCAACAACUUCUGGAAAGUCGAGGAUGCUUAAAAAACACACUGCUCGCAAGUCAAUGUCUUCGCGCUGUAAGGUACAAAGUAAAAUGAUGGUGAGUGCUGCUUGCAAGACUGGGAUUGUGGUAAGCACAGAUCCUGAAAGAGUCAGGGAUGAGUCGGCAAACAAGAUGGCAGUAGUGCAUACUAACAGCAAUACAAAAACAAGUCAGAAUGAAAAAACACAGUCAGGUGAGAUUACAGCUGGAUCAGUUAUGUCAGCAACUAAGAGAAAAGUGGUAUGUGGCAAACUGUUGGUGAAAGCUGAAUCCAAUGACAGUUUUGCCACUAAAAACAUCAAAGGGUCAGUGUAUAAAGUCAAGAAUGCAAAAGUCCUCUCUUUAAAACCUGUGGACAAAAUGGCAACAGUUAAGACAGACAAAAACACUUCCAUCAGUUGUGAGAUGAAAGGUGAUGUUAUUCCACCUGUUGAUAAGACAACUUUUGUUAAAACUGACACGAAAGUAGUUUGCAGCAAUGAUGAUGAUGAUGAGAAAUAUUCUGUAUCAGACGUGGAAGGAGUAGAGGUUAUCUUCUCUGAUGUUGAAGAACUUGAUAAUCCUGUGCAGAUUACUCCAGACAAUAUUGAACUUGAAGUUUUUCUCAUUGAUAAUGAUGUUUCCAACGAUAGUGAUGCCAUGGAGACAGAUGAAACUAGUGUCAAUAAAACCUGUGAGACCAUGUUUAGACCUAGCAAGGAAAUAGUUUGCCCUACAAAAAAUCAAAGAGAUGGCAGUCAUUUUGAAAAUACUGAAGAAAGGCCACAAACAGACCUCAGUUCUCCAUCAGUUAACACAAACUCUUCUGUUUUGUCAACUCCAGUAUUGCAGAACAGGGCUUCAGGCUUAAGACCAAGUGUUAGUGAUAUCAUUAGUGAUAUCAUGACUUCUUCACCAUUGGACAAAGUUUGUGCUAUUCAGAGGACACCCAGCACUAAAAGACCUGCAUCAUUAUCCAGUAAAGGCCAAGACAAAAAUGAAAUGGUUGCUCAACCAGGAAGUGAUGUACAGUUGGGUUUAGGAAAAGAUAUAAGGACUGCUGCGCCCCUUGAUAAGUGCAUUGUCAAACUGAAUAAGGUCUGCAGUGACAGCGCUGCUUCUCCAGCAAAGGUGAAAAUUGAAAGAAAUAAAAGCACCAGUGUUGCUACUCCUGCUAAAAUAAAGGUAAGCAGAAACCAUUGCAAUAGUGACGCCUUGCCAACAAGUACUAGUAAUGGAGUUGUAAGAAGCCAUAGUGACAGUGCUGCCUCUCCAGCAGCUAGAAAAAUGGUAAAAAACUAUGGCGAUAGUGCUUGUUCUCCAGCAAAUAAGAAAGUUGGAAGAAACCGUAGCAAUAGUUCAGCUCUGUCAGUAAACAUGAAAGUGGGAAGAAACCAUAGCAACAGUGCUGCUUCACCAGCAAGCGGGAAAAUGAAAAGAAACUAUGGCAAUAGCAUGGCCUCACCAGCAAGUAAGAAAGUGGGGCGAAACCAUAGCUAUAGUUCCGCCUCACCAGUGAGCGAGAAGGUUGAAAGAAACUUCAAUUCUGCUUCAUCAGCAAGUAAGGAAGUGGGAAUAAAUCUUUGCAACAGUACCACUUCACCAGCAAGCAAGAAGAUGGACAGAAAUCAUAAUAAAAUUGGUACCUCACCCGUUAUUAAGAAAAAGGAUGGAAACUAUAACAUUCAUUUUGAUUCACCAGUAAAUAUGAAAAUGAAUAAAAAUAUAAACAAUAAACAUGCUUCACCAGCAAGUUUAAAAUUGAAAAGACAGCAUGAUAACAGGCUUGCUUCAGCAGCAAAAAAAUGUCAAGCUUUGGGAGGCAGUAAAGAUAAAAUAGUUUCACCAGCAAAAAGUUUUAAAAUGAUUGGAAAGCAAAAGGAAAUGGCUGUUUCACCAGCAAAUAAGGACAGCAGCAGAGUUAAUAAGAAGACAGUUUCAUCAGGAAUGGUUGGUAAAAGAUCAAACAAAACUGAGGUCACAAAACAGGCAAGGAAGCCCUAUGAAAAUUCCAAGAAAACGCCUUUACUGGUAGAUAUUGAUGCUAAAGGUUCAGAGGAAAAUCAUGCCAUAACCUCAAACUCUGGACCUGAAAGUAUUAAAAGAAGACAUAAAACUUCUGCCAAAGAUGACUCCAUUAAUUCAAAAAGGAGGAAAGCAUAUUCUUCAGACUUUGAAAAGAAAGGUCCCAAAAGAAAGCUUGCCACAUGUUCAGACUCUGAUUCAACAAUCUCAAAAAGAAAACCAGCAGUUUCAACAGACUCUAGCAUCAUAAACUCAGAAUGUAUAGAUUUAAUGAAAUUUCCUGAAAAUGAAAAAUCUGAAGAGAAGCUGACAGAAUCAAGUGAGGAUGCUACUGUGGUAACACCCCUGGAGGAAAAGUCAUCUUCCAAACUGUGUCUGCUGGAUAGGUCCAAUAAAGAGCCUGUUAAGACUCCAGUUAUCAACUUCACUGAUCUGACAUCAGAACGUAAAACUGAAAGUGCCUGUCCAUUUGAAAAUAGCUGGUCAGAUACUCAAUCAAAGGAUGAGGAUCUUUUGGCAUUACUGGAGCAAACUCAGCAGUUGCAGACAAAAGCUCUGAAGGCCUUUCAGAGACAAAUGAAAAAGAAUCUUGAGCUUGUGCAGAAACUACAAAAAGAAAUAAGAGAUGAACGUGAAAAAAGGGAAAGACUGAAAGGGAUUCUUUUAGAAAUAAAAGAGACUCAGUCAGCCAGGAAAGUAGAUGGGCAUGUAUCUGUCACUUAGUUGUCUUAUGUCCAGUGCUACCACCUUUAACUUGCUUCUCAACAUGAGAUGUCUGGAGGAUUUUGAAGAUUUAUUUUUACUUUCUGAACCAUUUAACAAUGUGGUUCAUCUUCCCAUUUCAAACAGUUUUUUCUAAAAGUCCAUUUCUUGCUUAGCCCAAUGUGGACAUUGUACUGCUUUGUUAUUAUUAAAAUUUAACACAAUUACAGUAUAAAGGAAAAUGCUUUUAGAAAAAAAAUCCACAUUUUACGCAUAAUUGAUUACAAUCAGUAUCUAAGGCAGAGUGGAGGUAAUACAUUUUUUUAUUUCAAAAUAUAUUUCAGAAUGAUUUUAUCAACAUUAAUAUUUUACAUGUCACUUGUAUAUUGUAUUGAGUUAACAUAUCAUUUUGGUCCGCCAUCAUGUGCAUAAUCCUGCACACUAAUGCAGAUUUUAAAAAAUUUAAUGGAAGACCCAGAAUAACGGAGGGGGUGCCAAAAACUGUUUUCAUUGGUAAAUUGAAAGAUAUUAUGUAUUAAUGUAUAAAAAUUUUGGUAUUUAGUAGAAUUCAGAACAUAAAUAUAUAUAAAACUGUGGCCUUUACAUCUUUUUACCAUUUUCUGAGAAGUGAUAGAAAUAGGUCAGAAUUUUUGCUGGUAAUAUAAAGGGUAAUGUAAAAUGUCUUAGUCUGCUUAUUGGAUUGUUACGUAUAUUUAGGUAGCAGCAUGCUGAGUUUUGUUUAAUAAAACAUUCUUUUAGAUUUUAAA